UCGUGGUCUGAUCAAUUAUCUUAACUUUUAUUUUCCAACAUUGUCUUUACAAAUAUACAUUGUUAAAGACUUAAAGCUGAAGGGAAUAUUGUUGGACGAAGGUUACCACCAUAUUCUUGAUUGUUGGCAUGGUGUAUAAAAACUUAAGCCGCCUUCCAAAAUUCUUCACCGCGUUAUCGCUUAUCAGCAUCUUAUUUAUAUAAAUCGUUCAUUCUUCUUUAUUUUGAAUACUAUUACAAUAAUUUCAUAAAUAUCAUAUAUUAAACUCAACAAUUAUUAGCAUUAUUUCGCAGAAAUUAAUAUGAGUGAUCCCAAGUAUGCAUACCCUGCUUAUCCAGCCCAAGGUUAUUAUCAAGGUCCUCCGGUAAUGGCACCUCCUCAAUAUCCACAACAAUAUCAAUAUGCUCAGCCACCGCCACCGCAACAACCAGUUCAAAAAGAGCGAGGCUUUCUAGAAGGAUGGUAUGUUUCUUCAAUUAUGGCCUUUGAUUUUUACUUCUUUUCUUCUUAUGUAUACAUUUGGUUUAUAAGAUAUCAUGAGACCUUAAUCAUCAACCUAAGCUUUUGGUUUAUUGAGUUUUUUAAUAUGGUAUCAAAUGCUAGUGUGACAGGAGUCAUAGAUACGAAUCUCAACCACCUCACUUUUAAAGUGAAAUAUUUAGUACCAUGUAUGAGAGGAAUCUGUGCUGCAUGCCUGCAUCCAUACUUCUAACCUAGAGGGCUCUUGUGUGAGAGAACGUGUUAAAGUAUAUAAUAUUUUUUAAAGUCUCAACCAUCAGUUUAAACUUUUAGUUGAGUUGGUUUUUUACACCUAAAUACAAGUGAGAUUAAAUAAAAGAGAAAUUGAUUUUCCCUUUGUACAAAUUAAAUUAAUAUGAAAUAAAACAAAGCACAAGUGAGAUCGAUUAAAGAGAACGAGAGUGAUCUUUUUAUGUAAUUACGAGUGAAAAAUUGAUUUAACAAAGGGAGAAUGAAAUGUAUGGAUGAUAUUAGAAGAGAGUUUAAGUGUGUUGUUGAGAUCAAAAGAAGAUGAUUGUGUUUAUUUUCAAAUAAGAAAAUGUUAUAAAAUAAGUGGGACAAUUAAAAUUAAAAUUGAUUUGAAAUUAAGUGGGAUGAAGGGAGUACAUAUUUGAUGAUUACUUUCUUUAACCCUUUAAUUUUCUUCAAUAUGACGAAUUUACUCUCAAAAUUAAGCAAGAAUAUGAAAAUAUGACUCAUAUUGUCGCAUAAAUAAUUGCGGAGAAGCCAUAAAGAGAGAAUAAUUUUGUCAAUAGAUUAGGUGAGAGGAUAUGUAAUAUAAUGAUGUAGAAAUUUAUUAAGACAACACAAUUAAUAAAAGGUAUAAUAAAAAAAAUUUUCGCACCAGCAGAGAGACAAAAAUAUAAAGUAGAUUGGAAACAUUUUGCACAUGUGUAUUAAAGCGACUUAUUAUUCUUCUUAUUUCUUCUUUUUAUACACUUUUAUUAUACAUUAAUCUAAUGACCCGAAAUACAAUUUAGCUGAUCCGGGCUUAAAUUCGUCCGCUCGUAUAUGGACUUGUUCGAUACGAGUUUUGAAUUAAGAUUAAUUUUAAUCACCUCUAAUUAAAACUAACCAAUUGAAUGGUUUGUUUUGCAGUCUUGCAGCUCUAUGUUGUUGUUUUCUUGUAGAUGAAUGUUGCUGUGACCCAACAAUUAUUUGCGUUGAUUAAGAUUGGCCGGGCAUGUUAACGAAAUGUUGUACUUAGACUCCAUUUAAUCUACAUCUUAGUGCCUCAUAUAACAAUUUGUGAACAUUCUCUCAUAGAGUAGCGACUCUAAGGUUGAUUAAAAAAGCUAUUGUAUUGUAUGAUGAACAAUUUGAGUUAUCUCAUCAUUGUAUUUUUUAAUUUAUAUUAUCACUUAUUUUUUAA